AUGCGUUUGUUUCCACUGAGCUCGAGUUCAACUCCGUCCAAAGAUCAGAAUGGCGAGAAAAAUCGGGCCUUGCUGUAUCUAAAUGUUUAUGAUUUGACGAAUAUAAACAACUACCUUUAUUGGUUUGGCUUUGGUAUUUUCCAUUCUGGUAUCGAAGUCCAUGGUUCAGAGUAUGGGUAUGGAGCACAUGAGUAUCCAACCAGUGGGGUCUUCGAAGUAGAACCCAGAAGUUGCCCUGGUUUUAUCUUUAGGCGAUCAAUCCUUUUAGGUAGCAUUGACAUGUCUCGUUCAGAAUUCCGGUCAUUCAUUGAGCAUCUUUCUAGCCAGUACCACGGAGACACAUAUCAUUUGAUUGCCAAGAACUGCAAUCAUUUUACCAAUGAAGUUUGCUUGCGCCUCACAGGAAAGCGAAUUCCAGGAUGGGUUAAUCGACUAGCACGUUUAGGUUCUUUCUGUAAUUGUCUGCUGCCAGAAAGUAUUCAACUCACAACAGUCAGACAUCUUCCUGAUCGUCAAGUAUAUUCUGAUGAUGAGAUUUGUUCAUCAGGAUUAUCAGCUUCAGAAGAUGACGAAGAAGAGGACCUUGAUCAUCAUCUCUUGACCAUGGCAAACAGUGACGUUGCAUUUUUAAAGGAAAAACCUGUGAGGCUAACGCAGGAGGGCCAAAACCAAGAUUUUGCCGGAAUUUCUGCAAAAGUUCCUGGAGAAACCAAAAAAAGUUUCAAUCUUUGUAAGGAAAAAAACCGCCAUCAUAUUUCGAGUUACCUUUUUGUUUGCAAUCAUAUGGCGGGUCGUGACCCUUCAGUUCUUUUGUACAUCCUCGUCACUCUUGUCCUGUCUUUCGUCCAGUUAUCUUCGUCUCUGCCAUUUAUUGUACUUCAUGGAAUCGGAGACCAGUGUUCUAAUAAAGGAAUGAAACACUUCACGGAGUUGUUGAGCGAGUGGUCGAAUUCUACCGGAUACUGCAUAGAAAUUGGGGAUGGAUCAUGGGACUCCUGGUUUAUGCCCCUUGAAGAGCAGGCGGAAGCUGUUUGUACGAAGGUGAAGAAAAUGAAAGAUCUCCAACAGGGUUACAGUAUUGUUGGGCUUUCCCAGGGGAACUUAAUAGGUCGAGGUGUGGUCGAAUUUUGUGAAGGAGCACCACCAGUCAAGAACUUUGUCUCACUGGGAGGUCCUCAUGCUGGCAUGGCUUCUGUUCCCCUUUGUGGUGAACAUUUGGCUCCCAGCGGUUACCUUAAACUCCCAAAUAAUAUGGAUGCUUAUCUACAGAAAUGUAGAUUUCUUCCAAAGCUUAACAAUGAAAUCCCCGGAGAGAGGAACUCUACUUACAAAGAGCGGUUCAGUAGCUUGCAGAAUCUUGUACUUAUCAUGUUUGAACAUGACACAGUUUUGGUGCCAAAAGAAACUUCUUGGUUCGGAUAUUAUCCAGAUGGGGCUUUCAAACCAAUUUUGGCAGCAGAUCAGACUGAUCUCUAUAAGGAAGACUGGAUCGGAUUGAAGACCCUGGAUGAGGCAGGGAGGGUAAAAUAUAUUCAGGUGCCAGGAAAUCACCUGGGAAUUUCCAAGGGUGAUAUGAAAACCUAUGUAGUUCCGUACUUGGUGGAUGACACCUCGGAAACAGAUAACUCCAAAACCCCGUCCGGAUCCCGAUCCCAAGAUGGGGAUUCGGCACAAGUCAUCCUUGAUGGUUCAUUAGCUUACACGUUGCCACCAUCAAUCAAGAGAUUCUUCGAUGAAGUAGUUGGGAUCAUACAGGAUGAGCCUACAUAU